CAAGUUUUCACGAGUCCUACACUGAUACCCACGAACGUUCAUCCCUUACUUCGGAACCAUCGCAUCCCAUUCGUACGAACAGACGACGGCUUGGUGAGUCGAGAGCGGCUGUGUGUGGUGGUUUGGUUGUGGAAUGGCUAGCUCACGCGGGAGGUAGUCAGCCCAUCGUAGUUGGCACAUGAAAGGAGAGGAGUGGAGGAGAUGUGUGUUUUUGUCGGAGCUGAGUCGGCAUACCUGCCUUGCUUUCUAUGUUCACCCUUCCCACAUUUUGUACAUGGUGGAUGUAUCACACAAUCUAUCAUUGGUCUGCAUAUCCAUGUUGACCUGCUGCGUAGCUUACCCCGGAUGCAGUCAGCGCAUUCCCAUCACACCCCUCGUACGCUUCGCCCUACAGAUACCUCUGUGGUGCCAGUACUCUGACUGCCUCGAGGCUGCGGAGGCUGUCUCGCAUUUGGUGACUGCCUGUUUUCGCGUUUUCUCAUUACGAUUAUUCAAUAUGGCUUAGCAGUGUCUACAAACGUGACACGACCCCAGUGGUCCUGACGCACCUGUGGAGUGGGCCAGGACAGUUUCAGCUCUUAGCAUCAUUAAGGAAUGAUAGCUUUGCAUUUCUACGUUAUACCUGUUUUCAUUUGAUUACCAUAGCU